GUCUCACACUGGCCUCUUUGAAGAACACCUGCGAAGAGAGAGGCGCAGACAUUACGGUAUGCAGUGCACUGUCAGAAUGCUGGAAUAAUGGCGAGGAACGACAGGCAGUGCACAUUUUGAAGUGAUUGUUCAACAUUCAGAUAACAUCUUUACGUUGUUGAGUGUUUAUGGCAAGCGCUAUUGGCUUUCUACAUGGACCACCAGCCUACAUGGACCGGCUGAAUUGUAAUUUGCUGAGUUGCUGGUCAUUUCCCAGGGAAGCUUAUGCUGAGAGGACACAACAGACCCUGAGGAGACUGGCCAGCCAGGUAGGUGGGCAGAGGCAGGCUGAGAAUGCAGCAAAGGAGCUGAGGAGGAGCUGAGCAGGAGCUGAGGAGGAGCUGAGCAGGGAGAGCCCCGUAUCCAGAGUUGCUGCAUACAGCCCUCCAUCAGGGGCGACAUUUACGUUUGCCUGGACCAUGAGCAAUGAGUAUACCAUCUGGAACAACCUCACUGAGAACAACCUCACUGAGAACAACCUCACUGAGAACAACCUCACUGAGAACUCCACUGGGGUCCCGUUAGAACCUGCUGAACAGCAGGACAGCUACGUCCUGCUGCUGGUGCUGACAUCCGUCUUCCUGGGGGGAACACUGGUCCUGCUGUCUGUCCUCCUGAUCGUCUGCAGACGCUGCUGCGAUGGAGAGCGCCGCUACGCCAGGGCUGGUGACGACCCUGAGAAAACCACCACCUACAUGGAGGAGUCUCAGCCAGUACAUGCAGAGAUCACCAUCCGUGUGGACGGGUCAGAUUGUCUCUCGGCCGCCGGCUCCCAUGUUGACGUGGAGACAGAGCGCUUCCUGUCCACGGGCACCCAAGGUGGCCGCCGUGUCUCCUUCAACGAGGCGGCACUCUUUGACCACAGCAAGAAGGCCCUGGAGAAAGGGCGCAGGUACACUUUAACUGAGGGGGACUUCCACCACCUGAAGAACGCACGUCUCACACACCUCCACAUCCCACCUCCAGCCCUAAAGAUCGUCACCAUCCACGAGUGGGAGUCAUUGGAGAACAGCAUUGCCAUGACGACCCGUUCAUCCGCCAAGUCCAGCCUGUCUAUUUUUCAGCCGGCUCUUGGUGCCCCUAAGCCCUUGUGUCCCCUGCCCCAGACAGCUCUGACAAGUCUGAGUAUCAGCCCCAGCUCAGCCCUCCCUGGGGAUACCCUCAACUCUGUGGUGGACACCAGCUUCAGUGAGAGUCCCUUGGCCCCAGGUGCCAAAGAGCCCUGCACCAGCAGUAUUGAGGUGAUGGCUUCUGGCUCCAGGAAUGGGGGGAGUCCAUCUUUCACCGAGGGGGUGUCUGUGACCUCUGUGACGUGCGCGUCCCCUGGCGUGGGGGUUGGACAGGGCCCGGUGCUGCAGUUCUUCACCAAGCUGAGACGUCAUGCCAGUCUGGAGGGGGCCAGCCCUUACUUCACCAUCAAGAAGUGGAAGCUGGACAGCAGCCAGCGUGCUUCCAGUCUGGACACCCGAGGAUCCCCUAAGAGGAGGCAGUUCCAGCGCCAGCGUGCCGCCAGUGAAAGUAUGGACCAGGACGAUAACGGUGCCCACCCCAUUGAUCUCAUCCAGUACAUCACCCGCACCCAGGACAUCACCUACCACCCCAGCUGUCCUCCGGCCUCAGCCCGCCUUCUUCCCCCAUCCACACCGCCACCCUCCCUCGGCAGGUUAGAGGUAGAGGUGGUGGUGGAGCCCAGCUGCGGCAGGGGACAGGGUCCAGGUGUGAUCGGCCUGUCACCGGAGCCCCAGGACGAAGCACCGAGCCUGGGGGACUGUAGACUGGAGAACCCGUCCUCGGACCACCAGGCCCUGUACAGAGACAUCUGGACCCUCCGGGCCUCCCUGGAGCAGUACGGCUCCUCAGAUCAGAUCAGUAACAACGACAAGGACUCAGUCCGCAGCGACGCAGACAGUGUCUGCUCCCUGGGGGGCCGGACUGAGAGGGAGGAGCUGCCCAGUUAUCCCUCACAGGACAUCGGGGACAGGGACGAGCCAGAGGUGGGGGGAGACAUGGCGCUGCCCCUGGAUGAGGCAUUGGAAGAGAAACACCAGGAGAAAGGGAGAAAACAGGACAGUGUUGAGUCAGAGAGGGGCAGUGAUGGAGAGUCGGGGAACCGUAAACUCCUGCAGAUGGACAGUGGCUACAUGUCUAUAGAAGCUCCGCCACGGGCUCCAGAGGAGCUCAGACUGUUUGGCAGCAGUGGCAGCAUGGACAGGACAGCCACGGAGAAAAGACACUACUUCACCAGUGCCGGUCGCACCGGCACAGUGGGCGAGAGCCUGGAGGCCCAAAUCUUCCAGGAAGAGCCAGGUGAGGAGACCAGGGUGGGGGCAACGGGAGGAGUCGCCCGCGAACUGGACAGUCCUUCCCUGGGCUGGUCGCCGUAUGGCCAGAUGUUCACCCCGCGAGAGGCACAGCCUCACACAGCCGUAUCGUUGCACCGCCGCGACUACAGCAUCGACGAGAAGACCGACGCGCUCUUCCACGAGUUUCUCCGUCACGACCCCCAGUUUGACCAGCAGGAGUCGCCGCGGAAACAUCGCUCGCGCGUGCACCUCCGCAAGCAGUGGCAGCGCCACAAGCAGUACAGCGAUCCGGGCGUGAGGUACCAGUGCCACUCCUUCGAGAGGCAGCGGACACCCCUGCGACGAGGGGACAGCGUCAACUGCCCGCUGGACACAGGCUUCCACAUCACGCUUCCACGCAUUGUCAGCGCCCCCGACGAGGAGGCCAGCGAAGGGGGUGCCAGUGCUCCCCAGACGCCCAAGGCAGAGGUGGAGGAAGGAGACGGGAGGAGGGCGAGUCUUGGAAGCAGCUGCGGCAGUAGCACCGUGACCAUACGAGACGCGGAAGGGCGGGCCUCCUGUUCCCCUCCCCCUGUCCUGGAUAGAGAGGGCCCACUAGGGGAGAAUUCAGACACUCAAGAGGACACUAUACAGGCAGGACACGCCCCCGAGCCACCCGACCUGUGCCACGGACCCCAGACCAUCACCGCCGAGCUGACGGACAAGCUGAGUGCCACCCUGGAUGAGCGUCUGUACACGGGUCUGCGACGGACCAAGGACACAGUGAUCGUGACGGAGUGUUUGGUGACUACCACCUCUCCCGACCACAGCCCAGUGUAGCACUGCUCCGCUCCUCCCUCAUCCAUUUACGUUUAAUUGGACUUCCGUAAACGUCUGGUAAAAAACGAUGUCUCUGUUUCUCUCUGAAUUAGCUGGUUCCAGACCUGUAACAUGAAAACAGGUUUUACUACGCAGUCUGUAGUUGAAGAAUCCACCCCUCAAUUGAAUUUACUCUUCUUUACUCUUCUGAGAGAAGUGAUUAUGUUAAGAACCAGUAUGCCCUCUGUACUAGUUUAUCCACUGUGAAACCAGGUGCUAUUAGACUUGAAGUCCACUCAAAAUCCACAUCUGGAUGCAAAGUAUAACUGAGCAUUACAGGCCGAUUCUUAAUGAAUAACAAAGUACAGUAGGUUUAACAUCUGGAUGUGUUAUCAUUUUAUUAUUUAUUUUUCAAAUCCAAAUAUGUCCCUGACCAUUUAAAUAUGUCAACAUUCUUGCUAUUCGGCCUUUUGAUACUUCAAGAAGUCAUCAUAAUUCAUUUACAAAUUAUUACGUAUAACUAAGAUUUCAAAUUGUUCCUGUAGAAUUUUGAAAAUGUUCCGUUUGACAUCCGGAUAUAGUCGUCCACUUUUUAAGUACUGUACUGAUCAUUCACAACAUUUUAGUUCUGCAGGAUCACGUUAUCCUGACAGACUGCUGUUGAUUCAUGUGAUUUAAUCACAAUCUAAUGGCAGCAGGAACAGAAACAUAGCCAGACCCUACAUCAACGCUGGAUGUAAAAGACUAAUAGUUUCUCAUAAACGACACCAUUAAAGGAUGUGACAGGGCUGUCCUUAUUUUUACACUGAAUAUAUUAGUCUGUCACAUUAGUCUGCUUUCUCACAUUCCAGUUUGGUCCAAGCAUUUCCUUCAUCAAGUGCCCUUGCCACUUAAGUUGUCACUUUUCUAUUCAAAGAUGUUCUUUAAGAAGGAAGUAAUAUCAUUAAUACAUUGUUCAAUGCCAUUGUAUUUAUUGUUCGCUAAUGUGUUUACAUGUUUUAUAUUUCACUCUGCUUAUGACAAUAAGUGAUGUGUGUAUAUAUAUCACUGCUGUUCCUAAACAUAUAUAUGAGGCUAAAGUAAAAGCCACAUAAAUGACAUGUCUUUACCUUAUUCUAGUGCCAAAAAUACGUUGUCCUCAAACAGAGGGAUCUCGAGUGUUACAGACACUCAGUUAGGUGCACACAUCAACAACAAGGCUGCCUGUGCUUCCCCCAAGAGUGUAAUGCUGGUUUAUAGCUGUAAUGGUUUAAAUUAAGGCUUUGAAUUGGGCCAAUGUUGACCUCUUAGACAUUUGCGUUUAUUGAAUUUCUUGAUAAGAAAGGCAUGAUUUCUUGUGCAUGUGUCCACCAAACAGGCUUUAUUUGUUUGCUCGCAUUCUUUUCUUUCCCCCCUCCCUGUCCUGUGAAUGUUGAUAACCCAGUAGCUCAUCCCUUUAGGCUAUAGGGACUGGACUUCCUGUCACUUACCAAACCAGAAAAAGGUUAUUUGUAGCAAAUUCCACAUUUUCCCCUCUGACUUCCUCUGUGUGGACUUUGCAACCCAAUGCGGCCAUUCAAGCAUAACUCCAUUAUCAGAUUAUGUUUUAUGGGCCAAAAAAAGGCAAGGAAUCGCAAGCCCAUUCCAGAAUUAUCUUGGAAACUAUUUUGCACUUAGCUGUAUGGUGGCUGGGAGUCUGAGUCUACUUUCACAUCCCAGUCAGCCUAGGCACCCGGCUCUCUGACCCACUUCUUCUCCAAAAUCCAGUUUUGUUAGAGGGCUAGUUAUUUUCUCACAUUCAAAGGAAACUGCUAAAGAAGGAGGGUGUUGAAUAUUAAUAAAACCAUGAAGACGAGUCCCACUCAGUAUUACUCUCUGCCUGGUCUCUUGCUGAGGGUAUAACAAAUUGAACAUAGUGAAAAUGCUGUUAUUGGAAGAGAGAUGUCUGGAUUUUCUUUCCCAGUUUGGGUAUGAUAGUACUUUUGCAGCCCAGGUGAAGCUAGUGUUUCCUCUAAUAGGGAGAUCAGAUGGCUCUUUGUUAGACUUGAGAGGACUCACAGGCAUAAGGCAACUUUCCUCAUUAGGUGAACAAGGAGGGCUUGAAUUGGUCAUCUGGCAUGGAGAGCCUAGCGACAGCCUUCCUUCCUGUCUCCUUCGCUUACCCCACAUAUAACAGUGCAUGUUAUGUAACCAGGGCCUCCAAAUUUCUCAGCACCCUUUGUGUCAUUGCCAGGUACAUUUUAUAGAGGUGUUAGAACUUCCUCAAGGUAGGGCAAGGACAGAUCCUUAGACAAGUCACCUUGGUAACCAAAAAGAUCAGAUGCCUUUUAAUGUUACUGGCAGCCCAGUAUUCAUUAAUUCUUGUCUCAAAUUAUAGGAAUAGUGCAUUAUGUCUGACCUUUAGGUGAACUGAUGAAAGGGGGUUGAUAAAAACCCCUUGGUGUUUUUAGUCAUCCAAAUGACCACCGUAAAAACCACUCUAAUAGAUAGACAAACACAUAAUUCAUAUUUAUUUCUUACGCACAUUUUCUCCCCUCAGCUCGUGAUUGCAUAUGCUGCUGAAGGGAUAGGAGACGGUCUCUGUAUGGCUGAAACAUUAUUACUUAGGCAUUCUAAUUCCAAAUCUAUGGUUUCAAAUAAGAAGUAACAAAGUUUCACUGCAUUGUAGCGUCCAUGUUACUGCAGAAAUGGAGUCAGCUGUUCGUUCCAAAGUAUGAUUUUACUUCUUAAUAGUAAGGUUUCCAUGGUUAUUUACCUUUCAUGAAAGUCUUCAUUCAUAGCAGUCACUUAAUCAGUCAUUGUGCCAGACCUGACAUGAACUUCAAGGAACGAAAUAAAGAAACCUGGAGUGAACAAAUUGUACAAAAAUGAGCUUUGUUGCAUAUACAAGCACAAUGUUUCAGGAGCUAGAGUAGUCUAUUUCUUUUAAGUGUACACGUCACUGGAGACACUGUGGUCAAAGAAGUUUUGUAUAACAAGUAGCCUGUCCAAUGCGUCCAUGCAUUACUGUGCAUAGAUUUGCAUGAUAUUUAAGCAUUUUAAUACAUAUCUUCAUGUUUUCUGAGAAAUUCAGCACUAAAAUUAAUGAUUCUAAGGUUGUUGCUGAAUGCUCUUAUUUUGAGGCAGAACAUAGACCUUUUAAUCAGCGCUGGUAUUUAGAGAUUUUUUUAUUCUAUUGAAUCUACAUUUCUUUUUGGGUCAUGCCUUGCCAAUGAAUAUUCUACCACAGUUUUGUGAGAUAUACUUCAUGAAUGAAAAAAAAUAUACAAUCUAUUUCUGUAUUCCUGCUUGUUAGUUACAAAUGCAACAUUUCUCAAAUAACUACUGUAGUUAAAAAGUAGAGCUUUAUAAACAACUUUAACUUUGUUGACCCAGACCUAUUUGAGCCUUGAGGGACCAAACAAUUUAAACAGCUAUUUUUGGGUUUUCCAAUCAGUAAAUAAAUGAAUAAAGCAUUAACAGUUGUGUUGCGUUUUAUUUAAAAUGUGGGAACAUUUUGAAGAAAAGAUGAUUGCGAGGAGACAAUCGAUUUCCUCGUUCCUGCCUCACUUUUCUCCAGCCCACCCCAACAUGUUGUACCCUCC